AUGGCGGAGCCAUCGGCCUCCUCCGCGGUCGCCGCCACCGCGGAGCAGACGGACGCGGAGAGGAUGGAUGCCCUGGACCGGAUGCUCACGCGCCUGGCCCUCGCCGACGACGCGCGCCUCGCGCCGGUGCUGGCCCGCGUCCUCCCCUACGCGGUCACCUCGCUGGCCUCCCCUGCUCCGGCCGUCCGCAAGCUCGUUAUGGAAAUUCUUAGUCACAUUAACAAAAGGGUGAAGCACAGGCCUGAGAUUUCAUUGCCAAUGCUGGAGUUAUGGAAGAUCUAUACUGAAUCUACUUCCGCAACAAUGGUCCGAAACUUUUGUAUCGUAUAUAUUGAGAUGGCGUUUGAACGCCUGCCAACCGAGGAGAAAGGGAACAUCGCACCUGAUCUUUUAAUCAAUAUAUCAAAUGUUCCAGCUCAGCAUCAAGGGAUCAUCUUGAGACUUGUAACAAAGGCUAUUGGCGAAUGUAACACCCAUAAGGUGGACGAGACUAUUGCGUCAAAAUAUCGAGUAAUAACUGAAACCAAGGAUGGUCUAGUAUUUGCUGAAUUCUGUUUUCACACAUUAUUGUAUCAAGCACCACCUCAAGGUAGUGGAUGCCCAGCAGGACUGUCAGUUGUCCAAUCAGAACGUGUCACUGGAAAACAAGCCCUAAAAAUUGACGUACUUGCAUCAAGAAAGCUAGGAAUCUUGAAUGUCAUUGAAGCUAUGAACUUCGCACCUGAGAUUGUGUACCCUCUUUAUUUAUCUGCUUCUUCAGAUAGCCAAGAGCCAGUUUCUAAGAAAGGAGAAGAGUUCUUAAAGCGCAAAGCUUCAACAGUAAAUUUAGAAGAUCCGAACCUUAUCAAGAGACUGUUCACACUGUUCAAUGGUACUGUGGGUGCAGAAAAUAUAGCUGCAGAGCUGAAAGUGUCCCCAGCACAUGCUUCGUUGCGUAUGCGGCUUAUGAGUGUUUUCUGCCGAUCAAUUGCUGCAGCAAAUGCAUUUCCACACACACUUCAAUGCAUCUUUGGCUGCAUCUAUGGAAGUGGAACUACUUCAAGGCUGAAGCAGUUAGGAAUGGAGUUCACUGUCUGGGUUUUCAAACAUGCAGUAACUGACCAGCUAAAGUUAAUCGGUCCAGUUAUACUAAGUGGAAUAUUGCGCUCCCUUGAUGGUUCUUCGACUGCAGAAACAGAUUCUACCGGUAGAGAUACCAAAAUAUUUGCAUACCAGGCUAUUGGUUUGCUUGCCUCUCGCAUGCCAAAUUUAUUCAGUGAUAAAACUGACAUGACUAUACGCCUCUUUACUGCUUUGAGAUUGGAGGAUCAAUCUCUUCGUUUGACAAUUCAAGAGGCGGCUACUUCCCUUGCUACAGCAUAUAAGCGUGCUUCAACGAUAGUAUUGAAGGAUCUUGAGGCGCUUCUUCUGGAAAAUUGUGAAGCGGAAAUGGCUCUAGCUGGUCUAAAUCUUAUGAAUGAUGGGAGGCAAUCAUCUGCAGGGUCUGGUGAUUUCAGCUAUCCUGAUGUAAAGGAGAUGAUAAAUUAUAUCUGCUGUCAGCGACCUCAGUUGCUGCAUUCUGAUGAGCAGAGAAAUGGAAAAUUACUCUUCCCUUCAAAAACAUUUGUUUCAAUGAUCAAGUUUCUGAUGAAGUGCUUUGAGUCUAGUGAUAGCUCAAAUCUUUUGCAAGAUCCAUCUGAUUCUGCUGUAGCAAAAUCUCUUUCAACCUCUUCUGCACUAAGUCUUCUGUCUGAGCUCACUUCAACACUGAGUCAAAACCGUCCAUCAAGAUUUGAAAAUUACCAUGGAGUUCUGUGUGCGAUCGGGUACCUAACAGCUGGUGCUUUGAAGCAAUCUUAUAUAUCUGAGGAUAUGGUAAAAAAUGUAGUUGAUAGUCUUGUAAAAGUAGUUAUCUCUGAAGGUUCGACAUUAGCAUCUGUUGCUAUGGAAUCUCUUGGUCACAUUGGUCUGCGUUGUGCAUUGCCUUCCAUCAACCAAAACUCUUCUACAGGUGGAAGAUGUACUUUUGCUGCGGGGGAGGCUUUAUCUUUCAUAUGGGGAGAAGUUCCUGUGACAGCAGAUGUGAUACUGGAGACGAACUUUGUUUCCCUUUCCCAAGCCACAAACUAUCUUACCGGUGAUGCAUCUCUAGUCUCGAGUAACUCCAAUGAAAAAAGUGGUUGUGAAGAAGCACACUCAGUUGCACGAGAAGAAAUUAUUAAAAAGUUGUUCGAAACACUAAUUUAUAGCAGUAGAAAAGAAGAACGCUGUGCAGGUACUGUCUGGUUGGUCUCACUGACGAUGUACUGUGGCCGACAUAAAAAAAUCCUAGAACUACUUCCGCAAAUCCAGGAGGCCCUUUCACAUCUUCUUGGUGAUCCAAAUGAGCUUACGCAAGAUUUGGCAUCUCAAGGCAUGAGUAUUGUGUAUGAGCUUGGUGAUGCAUCUAUGAAAGAGGAGCUGGUUCAUGCUCUGGUGAACACACUGACUGGCACUGCAAGAAAGAAAAAAGCCAUUAAGGUAAUUAUGUUUUAUGCACUUGCAUUAGUUGAUGGAGGAUUCGAGGUCUUUCAAGAUGGCACAAUUGGCAAUAAUCCUACUGGAGGGAAACUUAGCACGUACAAGGAGCUGUGCAGUCUUGCCAAUGAGAUGGGGCAACCUGACCUGAUAUACAAGUUCAUGGAUCUAGCUAAUUAUCAGGCUGCUCUCAAUUCUAAAAGGGGUGCUGCUUUUGGAUUUUCCAAGAUAGCCAAACAAGCUGGCGAGGCACUUCAACCUUAUCUGCAUACCUUAAUUCCUAGGCUUGUCCGUUACCAACACGACCCUGAUAAAAACAUCCAGGAUUCAAUGGCACACAUCUGGAAGUUAAUUGUUUCAGAUCCGAAAAAAGCAAUAGAUGAACAUUAUGAUGCCAUAGUAGAGGAUCUAUUGGUUCAAUCUGGAUCGAGGCUUUGGCGCUCACGAGAAGCAUCCUGUCUUGCACUUGCAGACAUCAUCCAAGGCCGAAGAUAUAGUCAGGUUUGUAAACAUUUGAGAAAAAUAUGGACAACCACCUUCCGUGCAAUGGAUGACAUAAAGGAAACUGUGCGAACUGCUGGUGACAGUUUGUGCCGAGCCGUAAGCUCAUUGACAAUUAGGCUCUGUGAUAUAUCACUAACUUCUACUUCUGAUGCAAACGAAACAAUGAACAUUGUGCUGCCAUACUUGCUUUCUGAGGGCAUACUCAGUAAAGUUCCAAGUGUUCAAAAAGCUGCUAUUAGUUUGGUCAUGAAGCUUGCUAAGGGUGCUGGUCCUGCCCUUCGUCCUCAUCUGCCAGAACUUGUUAGUUGUAUGCUUGAAUGUUUGUCAAGUCUGGAGGAUCAAAGGUUGAAUUAUGUUGAGAUGCAUGCAGGGAAUGUUGGCAUCAAAACUGAUAAGCUUGAAAGCUUCCGUAUAGCUGUGGCUAAAGAUUCUCCAAUGUGGGAAACUCUUGAUAUCUGUAUAAAAAUUGUUGAUAAGAAUUCACUUGAUCUAUUGGUUCCUCGCCUGGCUCAAAUGGUUAGAUCAGCUGUUGGCUUAAAUACAAGGGUUGGUGUUGCUAGCUUCAUAACCUUGCUGGUGCAGAAGGUCAUGGUUGAUAUCAAACCAUUCACACCAAUAUUACUGAAGUUAUUGUAUAGUGCUGUUCUGGAGGAAAGGAGUUCUGUCGCUAAAAAGGCUUUCGCGUCCUCUUGUGCAACUGUUUUGAAAUACGCUAGUCCUCCCCAGGCUCAGAAGCUUAUUGAAGAUACUACCUCUCUGCAUUCAGGUGGGAAAAACGAUCAGUUAUCUGGUGCAAUUCUUAUUAAAGCCUACUUGAGCAAUGCAUCGGAUAUUCUUGGUGGAUAUAAUGCAGUGGUUAUCCCUGUAAUUUUUGUGUCGAGGUUUGAUGAUGAUAAAGACACCAGUGCUUUAUAUGAAGAACUUUGGGAGGAUAUUCCUACUAGUGAAAGAGUAACCCUAACACUAUAUUUACCAGAAAUUGUAUCUCUUUUAUGUGAUGGCAUGUCAUUGUCAUCAUGGGCUGGUAAAAGAAAGUCAGCCAAGGCUAUAAAGAAGCUAUGUGAUAUUCUUGGAGAACCCCUAUCAGCACACUACCAGAAUAUUCUCAAAUCACUUUUGAAAGAAUUGCCAGGUCGAUUCUGGGAGGGAAAAGAUGCUAUUCUGGACGCAUUGGCUUCAUUGUGUUCUUGCUGUCAUGUUGCUAUAACUGCAGAAGACUCCAGCUUGCCAAGUGUUAUACUAAAUGCUGUGUGUGCUGCGUGCAGUAGGAAAUCAAAAUUGUACCGUGAAGCAGCCUUCUUGUGUCUACACAAAGUGAUUGCAGCAUUCAGAGAUCCAGGAUUUUUCAAUAGUGUGUUUCCAAUGUUGUACGAGGUUUCUAACCAAUCUGUCAUUUCGAAGACAAAAGGCUCUGCUGGUGCGGAACUAGAUGAAAGUGAAGGUGCUUCUAUUUCUCUGGAUAAAGUGCUCAAUUGUGCAACAUCUUGCAUCAGUGUCGCUUUUCCACAGGAUAUUAUCAACCAAAAGAAGAAUGUUUUAGAACUAAUAUUGAAUUCUCUCUCACCUGAGGAGAGUUGGCAAGUUAAACUAUCAUCCUUCUUGUGUAUCAAAGAGUUGUGCCUGAAAUUUCACAGUUCUGGUGAUAGUAGCACAUGGCCUCAAGACACAGCUUGCUUGGUUCAGGAGUUAUUUCAUUUGGUAUCACCAAAAUUAGUAGACUCCAUAAGAUUAGUAAAGAUUGCUCAGGUUCACAUUGCUGCUUCGGAAUGUGUUCUUGAUUUGAGCAAACUGUACAGAGACUUCCCGUUAUUGGACAGAACAGAGGCCAAGUUCGAGGAUGAACUUACAGAGCUCUGCGAGUCUGAAAAAAGUGAACAAGCAAAGACAAUUCUGAAGGAAUGCCUAGCCAUCCUUAAAACUCUCCCUGGAAUCCUUAACCGUGAUAUUCUGAUACAUGUGCGUGUAAGAAACACGGGAUUGCCCGGCAGCAAGAAACUGUUGCUGCAGCAUUUCGCAGUUGUGCCGUCCAUCCAAUAUAACGGUAAGAUACCAAAGAUCAGAUUUUUGAAAAUGUUAUUUUCCGUCAGCACAACCAAUGAGGCCCCCACAUUGCUGGUGAAGUAUGUAGAUGUUACGUCUGGACCUGCUACUGUACAGGCUGAAGACGGACUGGAGCCGCAGGCUGAAGACGGACUGGAGCCGCAGGAGAAGAAUGGGCCGCAGCUGCGAAGGUCCAUCCGGCCCAGGCUUCCUAACCAGCGCAUCUCGGCCGAAUCCGCAGCGCCACGAUCCACCACUCCCUCGACUGCUUGCUUUUCGGAGUCGAGGUCCUCGCCGGUGUUUCCGCUGGAGCCCCACGAGAUCUUCCACGACCACUUCACCCGGUUCCGCAAGCAGCUGGGCGAUAUGGAUCCUAACACAAAGCUCAUCCUCGACGAACUCCGAUCUGUGCAGUCGAAUCUCACCGCCCGCAUGGAUUUGGUGGAGAACUCUGUCGGCAAGCGCGUCGCCUCCCUGGAGGAUGCGGCCAAGGCGUUCGACGCUUGGCGGCCGAAGAUGGAUGCGACCGUGGAGGAAUUGCGUGCGGAGGUGGAUGCGAUUCGGAAGACGGAUGAGAAGGUGGAGACGCUGCGGGAAGAGAUGACCGCCUUGUGCAAGUCCGAAGAGUUGGUGGAGCCGGGACGUCGGCGGGUUGUUCGGCGACCGGAGCCGUUCACUUUUUCCAAGGCGGCGCCGCGAGGUCCCUUGCCCCUGCCCCUGCCGCCUCUCCGGACUGAACGCCAGGACAAGCCGGCCGUGCCAGGAGCUGGGCCGAAUGACAAGCGCGGCCGUGGCAUUGAGUCCAAUCUGAACACCCUGCGCGACUACCGCCGAGCUCGAGGUCUCUGCAUCCAUUGUGGCGACAAAUGGUUCCGCAAUCACAAGUGUUCAGAGACUGUCCAACUACAUGUCUUACAGGAGUUCUGGGACAUCUGUCAUUCGGAGGACUGCUCAGAUGCAGCAUCGGUUCAGGAUGAUGAUGCACCCCAGUGCGCGGCUAUCUCCAUGGCAGCAUCAGUUUUUGGGCACUGUCCAGGGACAUCCGGCUCGUAUUUUGGUGGACUCCGGAAGCACUCGUACUUUUGUCAGUCAAACUCUGGCCUCUCAGCUGUCUGGGUAUCUACUUUCAGCCUUGCUCUCCAGGUCACCGUAGCUGAUGGAUCUCAAGUGACUUGUUGCUCCCAAAUUGAUCAGUUGUCUUGGUCUGUUCAACAAUGUGACUUUGUUUCCGCAGCCAAAAUUUUGCCUCUGACGUCUUAUGAGCUGAUUGUCGGCAUGGACUGGUUGGCUUCUCGCAGCCCGAUGCAGGUGGAUUGGCACAACAAAUGGAUGAUCAUUUCCUACGGUCAAGGCCACAGUUUCUUGCAAGGUGAGCUGAUGAGUCUGCCCGCCGGUUCUGUCAUUCAGGUUACCACUAUAUUGUCAGAUGAUACUGUAGCUCGUCAGGAGUCUGUUUCGCCUGAGAUUGCAGCACUCUUAACAGAAUUUCAAUCUGUCUUUGCUCCUCCGGCUGUCUAUCCGCCGGCACGCCAUUGUGACCAUGCCAUUCCAUUGAUUCCUGGUACCGGUCCAUUCUCAGUAAGGCCCUAUCAUUACUCUCCCUUGCUUAAGGAUGAAAUUGAGCGUCAAGUUACUGAAAUGCUGCAAGCCGGACUGAUCCAGCCCAGUUCUAGUCCAUUUUCUUCAUCAGUUCUAGGCCACAUUGCUGGUGAAGUAUGUAGACUGUCCCAAACCUUUAUUACUCGUUUCUGCAAACACAAUUUGCGUCCAGGAAAACCCAGAUUAUUCAGAAUUAUCCAACAGCAGGUACAAAUGUGUGAAUCAAAUGUUUUCAGAGUAUGUCCACGAAAUUGCAAACUAAAGUAA